AUUAAAUAAUCUGGAAACGAAAUGACUUUUAAUAUCCUAUCCUACAAAAUAUACCGUGAGAGUCAAAAUGGCGGGUGUACCAACGCGAAGUAAAUUAUACCACUUACUAAAAGAAUGUACCUAAAAUGUACUAUUUAGUACCUUGCUAAAAAAUAAAUUGUACCUUCUUAAUACGUUCUAGAGAAUAUGCCAUUUUGACUCUCACAAUAUACCUUCCUGGAAAAACCUAUUUGUUUUACUAAGAUAUUAAAUGCAACCUUUGGUGACAUUACAAGCAUCAGUGGUACACGAUGUUUAUAACAAAGGUUCACAUUGGCACAAUGCAAAUCACAGCCGAUAUAAACGGGAUGAACCAGAUUGUAGUAUGAACGAAUGGAGAUGUGACGAAGGUACUUGUGUGAGGAUAAACAGCGACUGUGACGGUAUAAUAGACUGUCCUGAUGGCAGCGAUGAGACAUUCGAGCAGUGUAGGAAUCAUGAAUGUGACGCAUUUACUUUCCGUUGUAACUACGGCGCGUGUGUCGACGAAUCUGCUCCCUGCAACAAUAAGCAGGAGUGUCCGGAUGACUCCGAUGAACAGUUACCCAGAUGUAAGGGACGGACUAUAAUAGAAGGUGACAAGUUUAGAUGUCUAGACGGACAGCUUCUCCCAUUAGACAGCCGCUGUAAUGGUGUACUGGAUUGCAAAGACCGCUCUGAUGAGACGCUGUCUUCGUGCGCGGAGUUAACUUGUAAAGAGGAACAGUUUCAGUGUGAAUACGGCGGAUGUGUUGAUGCUGCAGCACAGUGUAACCGGACUAUAGAAUGUGUAGAUGAGUCUGAUGAGAAGGUGGAACUGUGUGGAGUACGUACCCUCAUCAGGCCUACCACGCCCGCACCGGUUACUGAACCACCUAAAUGUACGUCACCAGAAGCACCUACAAAUGGUUCUUAUAUUAUUGUAACAGAAACUAAUUCAACAGAUGUAGAUUAUCUAUCUUUAGAGUAUUCUUGUGAUCAAGGCUUCAAGUUGGUUGGUGAGAAUAAAGUGGUCUGUCUAAAUGGUAUAUGGCAGGAUAUCCCGCGUUGUGUACAAACAUGUGAGUUAAUUAAACAUUUAAGUGUGGAUUACGAAUGUUUCGAUGAAUCAGGGAAUCCAAGAGUUUGUGAAAUGGAGGAAAUAGAGGGGACAGUUGUAAAGACAUCCUGUAAAGCACCACAUUAUUAUUCCCCUGUUGAGUUACCUUACAUGCACUGUGUACAGGGUGUUUGGACUUCAGGACCUGCUUGUGCUGUUGAAUGCGGAGUACAGCCACCGAAGUCAACACCGUUAGUACUCCGCGGUAGAGACGCGAGGUUCGCAGAAGUACCUUGGCAUGUUGGUAUUUAUAUGAAAAAUCCAAUUAACAAGACUCGCGUACAAAUCUGCGGAGGAUCUUUGGUCAGUAAUACUGUUGUAUUAUCAGCUGCCCAUUGCUUCUGGAAUGAGGAUUUGAGAGCUUUGAACCGCGCGAUGUGGUAUUCUUUAGCGGUCGGUAAAUUGUAUAGAGACUGGAAUCAUCCUAACGAUGAAUUAUAUGUACAGAAAUCUGAUGUAUCUGAUAUAAUAGUACCAAAACUUUACCGUGGUUUAGAAUUAUAUUACAAGAAUGAUAUAGCCUUAGUAUUUGCGAAACAAACAUUCCAAUACAAGCCGCAUGUAGUUCCUGUGUGUCUAGACUUCAGUCUAGAGUUAGGUAAUCUACAACUAAGGAACGGGAACCGUGGAAAGGCAGCUGGUUGGGGUUUAACCACCGGGUUGUCUGGCUCCGAAGCCCCGAGACUGAAGGUGAUAGAAUUACCUUAUGAGAAUUACGAAAGCUGUUUGAACCUCACAUCGCCAGCGUUAUCUCGGUACCUCACUUAUGAUGAUAAGAUCUGCGCUGGAUCCUUAGAUGGUGAGGCUCUCUGUCGAGGGGACAGUGGUGGGGGUCUAGCCUUCCCUUGGUACGAGGAUGGUAAACCCAGGUUCUACCUUCGAGGGGUGGCAUCCACCAGUCCACCCUCUAAUGAUAUCACAGUGUGUAAUGUACGAGCGUUGACCAGUUUUACUUCGGUCAUCAAAUUUGAGAAGUUUGUUAAAGCAUAUUGGUAUCCAUAAUGAAAGUAUUGUUGAAUAAAUUGUGAAGAGAA